AAUAAAUAUUAAUUAAUAAAGCAAAUUAUUAUUGCUUCUAGAUCUCCUUCCUCCUCCUUCUUGCCCUCGCCGUCUCCAUCCCACCUUCUUCCACAGGUCCAUUUCUGCAAUUUCUUUUCCGCAAUUGUAUUUGGGGGUGGCUUUCUUCCAAUCCUAAUAGCGGUGAUCGGCGCAGAGGUAUUGGUCCUACUGAUCAGAUCGAUGGGGUUAAAGCCAGCGGGUUUUGGUGUAGGAUAGCGACCGCAGUCGUUGUUGGAGAGAACAGAGAUCGAGGGGAAGAAGGAAGCUGAGAAGGGAGAAAGAAAAGGAGGAAGAACAUGAGUGAGUUGGUGGCCCGCACAGGUCGACAUCAGCAGCGAUACGAGGACGGGUGUCGCCUUAUUGCUGGGUGUAUACCAUUUAGAUAUAAAAAAUCUUUUGAUGCUGUUAGUGGGAAGCCUGUGAAAGCUAUUGAAGUUCUUAUGAUCAAUUCACAAAGCGGUCCUGGACUUCUGUUUCCUAAGGGAGGAUGGGAAAAUGAUGAAACUGUUGAAGAGGCAGCCUUGCGGGAAGCCCUUGAGGAAGCAGGGGUUAGAGGAGAACUUAAAGAUUUUUUGGGAUAUUAUUAUUUCCGCAGCAAAAGUCUUCAGGAUGAAUUCAGUCCGGAAGGAUUAUGCAAGGCCGCAAUGUUCCCAUUGCUGGUCACAGAAGAACUCUGCUCAUGGCCAGAACAGAGCACUCGUCGGAGGAGUUGGGUUACAAUUCCUGAGGCCGCAGAGCAAUGUAGACAUCCAUGGAUGGAGGAGGCUCUUGUUGAGGGAUUUUCAAAGUGGCACGCCAAACAAAUGAAUUAUGUAGAUGAGGAUUAACCCCCAACCCCCCGGUAAUGGAAACUAAUUUGAGCUCAUUUUUGGAGAUUCAGCUGAAUAGACUUCCUUCAUCUCAAGCUUAUUUUAGUUUAUUGAAGUUCUCAGGCUUUGGUUAAAUUUGUUUUAUGCUUAAAAGAUGUUAUGUUUUUUUGUUAUU